AUGACCUUCGUGACGGAUACGGUGCCUUACGCCUACGAAGCGGUCACGAGAACAGCCUACGACGGUUACCGUCAUCAUUUACAUCACCAUCAUCACCAUCAUCAUCACCCUCAUCAUCGGUAUCGACGUGUCUAUACGCCGACCGAAUCCGAGUAUCUACAGGGAUACGUCACCAGAAGGGACACGGACGACCGCGCGAGGAUUAUCGGCGUUAACAACGCUUUGGCGUCGGCCGGCUCGUUGAAUUAUCGCAACGAUCGAGUCAGAUCGCAGUCUCGGUACACUCUUGAUUCGGAUGACGCCUCGUCAGUGAUAUCAGCGGAUGCAUCGGCCGACCUCGAGUCCGGCUCUGCGGACGCUGACGAGACCAACGAGAUCAACGAGACCAACGAGACCAACGAGACGAGUGAGACGAACGAGGGCGAGUCGAUCGAGCAUGUACCUCAUCCUCACGUUUUGGACGCCGGCUCGCCGCAUGGACCGCGCAGGUGUCUUCUGUGGGCCUGCAAGGCCUGCAAGAAGAAGACAGUCACCGUCGAUCGAAGAAAAGCCGCCACCUUGCGCGAGAGACGGCGCUUGAGAAAGGUCAACGAGGCCUUUGAGGUGCUCAAGAGGAGAACGAGCAACAACCCUAACCAACGUUUACCUAAAGUGGAGAUAUUGCGGAACGCUAUCGAGUAUAUCGAGAGUCUCGAGGCGCUGCUGCAAGGAAAUAGACCUUCCGGACAUCAGGAUCACUCUUCCGCUGAGAACAUAAAUGGAGAGUCGCCACAGUACGUGACGGACAGACUUCGGCAAUUCUCGGAUCCUUUGGCAAGGUUUCAACCAAUUAACGGAAAUUCAAUCUUGUCACUUUCGAAGGAAUCAAGCGAUGCAGAAAACCAUAAGUCACUACCGUACAGUGAUAUCGAAGAUAUUACCGGCGGUUAUAGGUCAGAUACAAAAAUAAUAUCUCAUCACAAUUGGUCGCGUGAACUCAUCUAA